AUGGCCGCGAACUGCGCGGGGGCCGCGGGGACGGCGGCGGGAGCUGUGGCCGCGGUGGGCUCGGCUCUUAGCGCCAGCAAAACCAAGACCAAGAAGAAACACUUCGUGUGCCAGAAGGUGAAGCUGUUCCGGGCCUCGGAGCCGCUGCUCAGCGUCCUUAUGUGGGGGGCGAACCACACGAUCAAUGAGCUCAGCAAUGUUCCCGUCCCUGUCAUGUUAAUGCCCGAUGACUUUAAAGCCUACAGUAAGAUUAAGGUGGACAAUCAUCUAUUCAACAAGGAGAACCUGCCCAGCCGUUUCAAAUUCAAGGAGUAUUGUCCACUGGUGUUCCGGAACCUCCGGGAGAGAUUUGGCAUCGAUGACCAGGACUACCAGAACUCGGUGACACGCAGUGCCCCGGUGAACAGCGACAGCCAGGGCCGCUGCGGCGCGCGCUUCCUCACCACCUACGACAGGAGGUUCGUCAUCAAGGCCGUGUCCAGUGAGGAUGUGGCAGAAAUGCACAACAUCCUCAAGAAGUACCACCAGUUCAUCGUGGAGUGCCAUGGGAACACGCUGCUGCCGCAGUUCCUGGGCAUGUACCGGCUCACCGUGGAUGGUGUGGAGACCUACAUGGUGGUCACCAGGAACGUGUUCAGCCACAGGCUGACCGUGCACAGGAAGUAUGACCUCAAGGGCUCAACAGUAUCCAGGGAAGCAAGUGACAAAGAGAAGGCCAAGGAUCUCCCAACUUUCAAGGACAACGAUUUCUUGAACGAGGGUCAGAAGCUGCACGUCGGAGAAGAGAGUAAAAAGAACUUCCUUGAGAAGCUGAAGCGGGACGUGGAGUUCCUAGCCCAGCUGAAGAUCAUGGAUUACAGCCUGCUGGUGGGCAUCCACGACGUGGACAGGGCCGAGCAGGAGGAGAUGGAGGUGGAGGAGCGGGCAGAGGAUGAGGAGUGUGAGAACGACGGGCUGGGGGGGAACCCCAUCUCCUCCUACGGGACCCCCCCCGACAGCCCCGGAAACCUCCUCAACUACCCCCGGUUCUUUGGGCCCGGGGAGUUCGACCCCUCCGUGGAUGUGUACGCCAUGAAAAGCCACGAGAGUGCCCCCAGGAAGGAGGUUUAUUUCAUGGCCAUCAUCGACAUCCUCACGCCCUACGACACCAAGAAGAAAGCUGCACACGCUGCCAAAACAGUGAAACACGGGGCCGGGGCUGAGAUCUCCACCGUGAACCCCGAGCAGUACUCGAAGCGUUUCAACGAGUUCAUCUCCAACAUCCUGACAUAGUGCUGCAGAGCCCGCAGCCAGGAGCAGGGAGCAGGGGGGCUCCUGCAGCCUGGCACCCCGCACAGGGGGCUCCUGGCACCCUGCCACCCUGCAGGGACACCGUGGGGCACGUGGGGGCACCGUGUGUGACAAAACUUCAUCCUCAUCCUCGCUGCACCCUCCCACUGCCCGCUGCACCCGGCUGCACCGGUGGGGUUUUUAUGUUACAGAAGUGCCCAGAUUUCAGAUUUGAGGGCUUUUUCAAACAAGCCAAGUGCAUUUGUUGCAGCACUGCUCUGCCCUGUGACGUUCUGUCCUCUCUGCUGAGGGGCUGUGACACGUGGCACUGUCCCCAAGGGGGUCACCUUCAGUGCGAGUGGAGCAGUGCCUGAUUCACAAACCACUCCUUGUUGAUUUUAUUUUUUUUUUUUGUGUAGUUGUUGUUGUUUUAUUGGACUGGCGUUGUCAGAAAAGACAAGCAAACCCCUUUUAUUUCCCUCUCGGUAGGAAUUGGAAGGAAAAAUAUAGCUCACCAUUUCAAGGAUGAAAAAUAUAACUCUGAUAAAAGGAGGAGUUGCUGAACUUUAGGUAAAUUCAGACUGGGACACUUUAUAUUUUUUGGUUAAUUUAAGUAACAAAAAAAAAAAAGAAAAAAAACCGAACAAAACAAAAAAAAAACCCACCUUUUUUGUAACUGCACUUGAUUUACAAGAAAGAUGAGGGAAAUGAACAUCUACCAAAGAUGAUCUCUGAAAAAAAAAAACAAGCAAGGUGUAACUCCUAAAACCUAAAACCAUCCAGUGUGAGAAGUGAGAGAGGCAUUGACCAACCUCAGCUCAUGAUGUGCUCGGACCUGGGGUGAUCUCAGUUGGUCAGAGUUGAAGAAGUUCCUAAAAUUGAAGAGUUCCUAAAAAGAAAAGGAAAAAAAAAAAAAAAAACCAUUUUAAGAAGGCAUUUUUGUACCUGUAGAUCCGGGAUAAGAUUUCUUUGGGCCAUUUCCUCAGUCAGGAAUGGACCUGAGGUCACCAUCAUAUUCCUGCCAGUGUUAAUUAGCUAAUUCAUUGUUCAGUCUUCCUUCCCCACCCCACCUGCAACAGGUACUUGAAUCUGUGUCCUGACAGAGGCUGGUUUUUGUGUGGUUUUUGUUUUGUUUUUGUUUUUUUUUUUUAUUGUUUGAAAUGUGACUUGCACAGAUGGAAUUGGCCUGGCUGCCCCUGGGGAGUGCUGGGGCUGCUCCAAACCCUCUCUGAGCGACCCUCCAGGAGUGCAAACGCUUGAACUCUGGCACCAGAUUUCUUUUCCAGCCCCACCCCGAAGGAUUUUGGGACUGAUUGGAGUGACUGAAAUGUCCUGUUUUGUCUCCAGAACGCUUUUAACCCUUUCACAGCCAAGCUCGGCAAACUCGCUGUGGGUUUCAUUAGCUCUGCUGCACAAGUUACAGAACUUUUGGUUCUUUGUUUUGGGAUUUGUUUGUUGUUGUUUAUUUCUUUUUUUUUUUUUUUAAUUUCUCUUUUUAAGCAGCAUUUAGAGUUUUGAACAAACCUCUUUGCAGUUGAAACAUGUUGCUUAAUCUGCCUUGGAACUGUUUUUCACACAUGCCUUUGUUUGGGGAAUAAGCUGUUGGGAAUGUCUGUCCUGUGCUGUAACAGUUUUUUGCUGUGUGGAAUUUUUGGUCCUUUUUCAGAGAUAACUGGUGCUCAUCACAUCCUGGUAAUUCCCCUAAAUUAACCCUGGCUCUGGGCUGGAUUCUGAAUUUGGGGCUUGGGGGAGGUUUUGGUUUGGUUUUUUAUUUCCUCUUCACCCCUUCCCCAUUCCCCAUUUUUGAUGCGAAUCCCCCCCCCUCCCCCCACCCAGGUCUCACCUUGGGAGGGGCAAAAAUCGGAGCCCCCGAGAGUGCACUGUAAAUAGAGUUUUGGAGAAAUGGAAAUUUAAGGGUCCUGAUGGGAUUUUAGGUCAUUCCCUUUGGUGUGGGAGGCUGGAGUUGUCUCAAGGUGUGGAGCUGGAAAAGCCAUGACCCAAAUGCAGCUAAAAAAAUAUUAAAAAAAAAAAAAAAAAAAAACAACAUAAAAAGGAGGGCAUCAUCAGCUUCAUUUUAUGGGCAUUAUAUUUGUUGCUUCUCUUUUAAUAAGCACUUAAGUUUACUGCUAAUUAGGAAUUAAAUACCCAUCACUUUUUAUUCCUGACAGUUAAAAAAAAAAAUUUCUGCAUUGAAUCUGCAACUUUGGCUUGGUAAGUUUGUCCUUCUCCUUUUGGGGAAAGUGGCUUGGAAGUUGUUUUAUCUUGAAAUCAUCUAUUAAAAAAAAAAUAAAUAAAGAGGAGACAAAGGGGGAAGGAAGAUAGCAGGAGGUGGGUGAACACCACAAAGCAAAGAAAGGGGAGUGAAGAUGGCAAAAAUCUCCUUCAUUGAAUUCCAGAAUAAUGAAUAAGGAAUCAAAUCAAAACCCAGGGAAUUCCUGCAGAAAUCCUUACAGAAUUGUGACAAAAAGGGGAAUAUUUUCUUAUUCCUGGGAUUAAAUGUGGCUGUUGCAGGUGACCUGGGGAGCCCCACAAAGAUUCUUCCCUUCAGCACUGCCCCAGUUCUGCCCAGUUGCCAUCUUAAAGUGUAUUAAAGUGAUUAAAUGCAGUUUUCUCACCUGAUGAUGUAUUACCCAGGUAUGUAACUUUGUUUAACAGAGGUGUUUUUGUGUAUUGUUUACAUUUGGAGAAGUAGCAUUACUUUAAAAAUGCUAAUUUUUUGUUUCUAGACAGUAUUUUUGUUACCAGAACGAGAAGUGAAGCUGCAAAUAUUUGAUUUGUUUUUAAAAGGGAUUUUUUUCUGUUUGUUUUCUUUUUGUUUUGCUUUGGGUUUUUUUGUUUUUUUUUUUUUUUCUUUUAGAUCUUGUUUUAGGUCACUUUUUUAACUCAAGUAUUUAAAAAAAAAAAAGGAAAACCCAGCCCUUUCAAUUCUGGUUUUGCAACUGCUUGUGCUAGUUUGUUGUCUGUUUCUGGUGUGGAUUUAGUUCUAGUUUUGCUGAAUGUAGAUAUCCCUGUCCUUAGCAUGAACCCUACAGAAAACACACUUAACUGACAGGAUUUGCAGCAGAAUCCAGGAUUUUUUUGGCCAAAAAAAAAAAAAGAAAAAAAGCAAAAUUGGGUCCAGUGGAGUUGCAAAUACUCAGUGAGCAGCAUCUGCCCCCGUGCAGUGCCUGGGGCAGGAGGAGCUGCAGGAUCCACAUUCCUGAGGGACUCCCCCGAUGUGCCAGGAUGUGAAAAGCCCAAAGCUGCUCCGAGCUGGGCAUUUGCACCUUCCCUGUGGGGACAGGGGACACGGAGCCAGCUUGGCUGCCAGAGUGCAAUAAAUCCACCCCAGAGCUGGCGUGGGGAGCUGCUGGUCCAGGGAACCCCAGGAGCUUCCCUGAGCUGGGGGAGCCUUGGGAUGUGGGGAGCAGCCCCAGGAGUGCUUUGGGAUUUGGGGAGCAGCUCCAGGAGUGCUUUGGGAUUUGGGGAGCAGCCCCAGGAGUGCUUUGGGAUUUGGGGGAGCAGCCCCAGGAGUGCUUUGGGAUUUGGGGAACAGCCCCAGGAGUGCUUUGGGAUUUGGGGAGCAGCUCCAGGAGUGCUUUGGGAUUUGGG